CACACCUCCAUGCUCUUUCGCACCAUCGCCGAAUCCUCAUACACAACCCGGAAAAUAUCCUCUUCCUCCCUUAGACGCCUCAGCAUGUCUCUCAGGCGCUCAGCUCGCAUCUCCACUAACAGCAUUCCUGCAACCCCUGGAACGGCAACGCCGAACGGGACCACGAACAAGAAUUCGAAGAAGAAUCCUUCGCUGAACAACAAGCGCAAGAGCAGAGCUUCAACUUCCGCUACGUCACUACCCAAUGGUACAAGCAGCACCACUAAGGCUGUAGAACCAACGUUCGCCGUCCCCGAGCCACCCAAAACCCCUCAAUCCAAGCGCCGCAAAGCCGCGCAAGAGUCUCCGCUCAAGCCUCCACCGUUCACGCCAACGCCAUCUGGCGUCGGUUUGAUUGCGAAUGCCUCCUCAUCCGAAGAAGCCGGCCACCCCCUCGAGGACCUGCCGGGCUUCAAACCCCGCCCCGCGGAACCCCAUGCCACCAACGCGCCGCUCUCCACCCCAGGAGGCUCGCGCGUGGUAGCCUACUCCUCGUCUCCGAUCAAGGACCCCAGCGCAUCGCAGCAGGAAGACGACGACGCUUCGCCAGCGAAGAAGCGCAAAGCAAAGGAAGUCGUUCCGCCCGACGUUGGCGCGAAAUUACAUCCCCCGACGUCGACUAUUGAGACGCUGUUGCAGGAUGCGUGUGAGCACCUGUGUGCGGUGGAUCCGAAGCUAAAGGCGCUGGUGGAGAAGCAUCAUUGUAAGAUGUUUAGUCCCGAAGGGCUGAGGGAGGUGGUGGAUCCGUUUACGGCGUUGGCGAGUGGGAUUAUUGGACAGCAGGUAUCAGGUCAAGCCGCAGCUUCAAUUCGCAAAAAGUUCACUGCCCUCUUCCCCACCACACACCCUUCCUUCCCCUCGCCCAGCCAGAUCCUCGAACUCGACCUCCCUACGCUCCGCACCGCGGGCCUCUCCCAGCGCAAAGCCGAGUACAUCACCGGCCUAGCUGAAAAAUUCUCAUCAGGCGAGCUAAGCGCGCAAAUGCUGAUCGCCGCCUCCGACGACGAGCUCAUCGAGAAGCUAGUAGCCGUGCGCGGGCUGGGGCGCUGGAGUGUCGAGAUGUUUGCCUGUUUUGGGCUGAAGAGGAUGGAUGUGUUUAGUACGGGCGAUCUGGGCGUGCAGCGAGGCAUGGCCACGUACAUGGGCCGUGACACGAGCAAGCUCAAAGCGAAAGGCGGCAAGUGGAAGUACAUGACCGAGCAGGAGAUGCUGUCAAUAGCGUCGAGGUUCUCGCCUUACCGGUCUUUGUUCAUGUGGUAUAUGUGGAGAAUUGAAGACGUUGAUAUUAGUGUUAUGCAGAGUGGGUGAGUGGGCAUGGCGUCGGGGAAGCAGGAUGAGAAGCAAGAGGGUUGUAGUGCAUGGCUAGUAUGCAUGAGCGUACUCGUUUUUGCUCACCGUUUGAGGGUGGCGGAUGUGAACCAGACGCUGCUACUCCCGCUAUUACGAUGUGCCUUUGCAUAUCUCGCUUCGAUCUUCCUGUUUAGAGUCUGAUGCUAGAAAGCCGGAAGGUAAUAGGUAGAUAGCUGCGGGAAUCUGUC